AUGAACAAACCACUCAACGACGGCAAGUCUCCGUCCAAAACUUCUCCUGCUCCUCGACGCCGUGGACUUACGAUCGGUGAAGCACAAAAGCUGCCACACAACGAGCACGGACCCGACUAUCUGAGUGCAUACCACGCACAAUGGCAUCGUCCGAGCCUUCGAGAAAGCAGCCACACAGACACCAAACCACGUACCACCCAAUCACGGCCCAAGACGUACCACGACACCAGCCCCAAGCGCCAUACCGAAUCUGUAUCCGAUCCAGAGUCUUCCCAGAAGCCAACUUUGAUACAGAAGAUCAAGGUCGCCAAAGACAUGGUCAAGGAGACUCUUCAGGUAGGCAAGGAAACCGUCGGCUUCAUCCGUGAAUUGCACAAGCAGCAUAGAGAGCUUUCAGAUUUCCAACAGGAGAACUCUCAGCGCAUCCAUGGUGAUAAUCGUCGAGGCAGUUGGCGACCUCGUGUGCGGCGCUCGAGCAUUGAAUACGACUCUGACUAA